AUGGCAAUAGAAAGUUUAUAUGGAGUGGUAGAGGAUAUUGCUAAAGAUAACAAUUUUGAAAAUCCCAAUAUAGCUAUAAAGCCAAUAUCAUCUGGUGGUGCCAAUUAUUCAUCAUUGUUGUACAAUAUCACAAUAUCAGAGUCUGGCAAGGAAGAUCUUCGUUUGUUCGCCAAGACUUUGGCUGUGAAGGAGGCUAUUCGUAAACAAUUGCCAGCUGGUAUUUGCGAUGUUGAGAGAUCGAUCUACGUUGAACUUUUAAAAAAAUAUGAAGACAUAGAAAUCGCACACAAUGUGCCGUCAGAUAAGAGAUUACUCGUGUCUAAAUACUACGGUUGCAAUACAAAACUAUUUGAAGAAACCGUCAUUCUUGAAGAUCUAAGUGCGAAAGGUUAUACCACGUACGACAGAUUUAAGUCAAUAGACUGGGACUAUACAGCAAAAGCCAUGGAGUCUUUGGCAAAAUUUCAUGCCUUAUCAAUAGCAUUCAGCGAAGAGAACCCACAAGAGUAUAAGGAGUUUGUAGAAAAGAUGGAAUUUCAAAGAGAAUUGUUUACGGGAAUGAUGUACCAGUUCUAUGAACAACGAAUAGAGACAACUUUAUCUGUAAUCACAGAGAAUCAUAAAAAUAAACUGAAGGAAUAUCUGGAAACUCAUAUAAAUUUAGAAUCAAUAAUCAAACUUUGUAAAUCUUCAGAACGACCCGUUCUCUGCCACGGAGAUUACAGACCGAGUAACUUACUGCACAGAUAUAAAGAGGACGGCACUCUUGAGAUUAUACCUGUAGAUUUUCAAAAUGUGCAAUGUAAUUCACCAAUAACAGACUUGAUUUACUUCGUCCUAAUGGGAUCUGAUGAGAACUUCAGGCGGGAACACUACGAAAACCUUACCAAACACUAUUACCAAGAAAUGUGCAAUGCUCUACGUUUUCUAAAACUUGAUCCUGAUGUAGUAUAUCCAAAGAGUGUCUUCGAUCAUGAUUUAAAAAAGUUUUUACCACACGGCCUAUUCAUGGCCAUUUUUGGUUUACCCAUUAUCACUGUGGAGGAAGAAGAUGCUCCGUCGGUUCAAGGGGGAAAUGCCAUUGAAAACUUUACACGAUCUAAGACUGGCGCGUUGUAUCCAGAAAGGAUCAACGGUGUCAUUAAUGAUUUCAUCAGAUGGGGCAUCAUUGAAUAG